AUGCAAAUAGAAAAAGUUCAACCGAAAGCAUAUUUUGAUAUUACCAAUGGAUCUAAAAAAUUGGGGAGAGUAGUUUUUGAAUUAUACGAUGAUUUAGCUCCUAAAGCUACUGAAAAUUUUCUCAAUUUAUGUAAAGGAAUCACAUUGAAUGAUAAAACUUAUUCAUACCAAGACACCAUUUUUGACAAAGUUAUUAAAAACUUUAUGAUACAAGGAGGUUCAUUGAAUGCAAAUGUAUCAACAAUAUAUGGAGAUCAAGGAAUAAACAAACCUAUACCUGGAGAAAACUUAUCCGAUGACUUAUCUCAUCCUUUCAAAUUAUGUAUGGCCAACAAUGGUGAUGUCAAUUGCAAUGGAUCCCAAUUUUUCAUAACAACCUCCAAGCAAUCACAAAUAGCUGGUAAAUAUUCUGUUUUUGGUCAUGUAAUUCACGGGAAAUCAAUAAUUAGGGAAAUAGAAAGAGUAAAAACCAAUAAAGAUGAUGUACCAGAAUCCAACGUAGUUAUUGAUCAAUGUGGAGUUUGGACCGAUGAUAUGCCAGUACCAAUUUUCAACGCCAGUUACGACACGAUAGGAGGGGAUAUAUAUGAAGAAUAUCCUGAAGAUGAUAAUUCAAAUUUCAACCAAGAAUCCACUGAAGAAGCAUUUAGUGUGGCAUCAAAAAUCAAAGAAAGUGGUACUUUGCUAUAUAAAAAGGGUGAUAAAGAAAAUGCUCGUUUUAAAUACAUAAAAGCAUUGAGAUAUAUUAUGGAAUUCAUACCAGAUCCAGAUCAAGAUCCAGAAUGGUAUAAAAAAUUCAUAGAUUUGAAAAAGAAAACUUAUUUAAAUUUGAGCUUAUGUUGUUUGCAAUUGAAAGAUUACCAUCGUUGUAUUGAUUAUUGUUCAUAUCUAUUGGAUAUGGAUGACUCAGUACUUACGAAACAAGACAAGACAAAGACAUUGUUCAGAAAAGGUUCAGCCAACGUUGGUCUCAAGAAAUAUAAAUUGGGUUUAGAUGAUUUGAAAUUAGCAAAUAAAUUAACACCAGACGAUGUCAGUAUCCAGAAAAGUAUAGAAUCAACAGAGAAAUUAUUGCAACAACAAAAGCAAAACGAAAAAGCUACCUAUUCAAAGUUUUUUGGUUAA